AUGACGACUCUAUUGGUAGCUGGGUGUGUCCAAGUAUGGAACAAGAAGAAGGGCAUGAGUAAGUCAGAAGAAGCAUUUAUUGAAAUAGUUGAAGAAGUAAAUAGUGUGAAUUUGGUGAUCCACUUCAGCAACAGCAACCAAAUAAAGACGUUCCAGCUAACUAAUAAUAUUAGAAAUGUAGUCUUUAGAUCCCAUGGAGAAAAUCAAAAUCACCUGCAUGUAACUUUCCAAAAUAAUAACUUCUUGUUUAUAAACAAAUUGUCCUACAACGAUGCUUCAAGUUUGAAGAUGCUUCUGGAUAUGGUUCAAAAUAAUGAGCUUCAACCAUCCAUGCAACCUGUUAGAGGAGAGGGUGACCAGUGUGAAACCAAAGAGUUACUUGAUCAAAAGUGUAAGGAACCACACAGUGAAUCGUCCCAGUCAGACACAGGAAGUGCAGCACCUGUCCCUCAAGAGACUCCUUCAACAGCACAUGUAGUCACAGUGGCAGCAACUAACCUAGAAGAGUGGAAGGGGGAUGAGGUAUCUUUGCAAUUUUCACUAGAAAAACAUAAGCAAGGUCUCCCCAAUUUGGGUAACACUUGUUAUAUGAAUGCCAUUUUACAGUCCCUAUUUGCAAUUCCAUCAUUUGUGGAUGAUUUGCUUCAUCAGAGCAUCCAGUGUGGUAAAAUUCCCUUUAGAGGUGUUACUUUGUGCGUGGCUCAGCUGUUUGUAUUGAGAAAUGUGUGUGACUUACAGGUCAAGGAGAAAAUGCUUGUAAAUAUUAAGAAAGCCAUUUCCACAGUUGCAGACAUCUUCUCUGAGGACACUGAGAAUGAUUCUCAUGAGUUUUUAGUCCACUGCUUAGAUCAAAUUAAAGAAAAUGUGAGCUUAUUAAGAAAAAUUUGGGAGAAAGAGCAGGCUUCUGGCGAGAAGGUUGGCACUGAAAUGCUCAUUUGUCCUGUCACUUCUAAUUUUGAGUUUGAGUUACAGCGCUCUAUUGUUUGUAAAGGCUGUGGUCAGAUUGUUUACAGGACAGAACUGAGUAAUUAUCUCUCUAUCAACCUUCCCCAACCAUCGAAAUCACAGACAUUCUCUAUUCAGACAGCUUUAGAUCUUUACUUUGCACCAGAAGAACUUGAGUAUACUUGUGAGAAGUGUGAACACAAGUGUUCAGUUGCACUGUACAAAUUUAGCAAGGUACCCAGGGUCCUGAUUGUUCACCUGAAACGUUAUAACUUUAAUGAGGGUUGGUUCUUAAAAAAGGAUGAACACGUGGUUCUUGUUCCCAAAUACUUGCACUUGUCUUCUCAUUGUAAUGAAAGCACCACCCUACCUUCUCCCCCUGAAAACUAUGUACAUGUUUGGGAUCCUGAAGCCAAAAUGGUCUCUGAAGAGACCAUUGGUGGUGACAGUCAGCUUAAAUCUUCAACAACAUUAGCAUCAGAAUCCAAAGAUUCUAAGGCAUCAUGCAGUGGCUCAGUCAAGCAAACUAGAUCCCAAAAAGGGCAGAAAGGCAAGAAAGGGUCAAGGAAAAAAAAAAAGCAUCAAGGCUUAGAAAAGGGUCAUAAGCUGAAUUUAAUAGAAUCUGAUGUUAGAGGCUCAAUAUUUGAUGCAGUCAGUGAAGAUCAAGUGAUAGUAGGUGAUGCAAAGUUGUAUCACGAAGACAUUAUCUCUCUUCUGCUUCAGGAAUUUGGCAGUGAAUUUUUCAUCAGCAGCCCAGGUGAAGGCCUUGAAGAGGAUCUUAAACAUGGACCUGAAAAUCCAGAACCUACUCAAUUCAAGGAAGCUGACAUAUCUUCAGAGUUACCUGACUUUGUUACAAUUCAAGUAGGAUCCGAAGGAGUGCCUGGUGAGCCCCAUAGUUUCGAAGCAGGGCGAGUCUGUGACCCGGAGAAACCCUUGUCUCCUAGCGCUCAGAAGCCAGAUACUCAGGAGCACACAGAGAAUGUUAAAAGACGUUCAAAAAGAAAUGUCCAGGGGGCUAAGAUGAAAUCCCAGGUUACAGUAUGUUCUUCUAAGGAGCCCAAAAAGAUAGAUAGAGUUUUAAGUAAGGAGGAGAGAGAAGCUAGAGAUAAGAAGCGAGAAAUGAAAACACAGAAGAGAGGUCCUUAUGCCUAUCGCCUCAUCAGUAUUGUCAGCCAUCUGGGGCGCACCCUGCAUUCAGGCCAUUAUAUCAGCGAUAUCUAUGAUUUUCGCAAGCGGAUAUGGUACACCUUCAGUGAUCUGCGGGUAGCUGUUUUGUCACAGAACCCAGUGAAAAAAGGGGGUAGGCAUACAACAGGGUACAUCUUCUUUUACAUGCACAAUGAGAUCUUUGAAGAGCUCAUGAAAAGGGAAGAGAAGGCGAAAAUUCAAAGCACAGAGGCAAGGGAGAACCCGAAACCAAAGCCUCAGGAGGAAUAA